AUGGAGUGUAUUGAAACUGUUUCCUAUUCCUUUGUCAUAAAUGGUGGCUUAGCACAACCAUUCAAAGGUAAAAGGGGCAUCAUGCAAGGUGAUCCAAUGUCACCUUACCUGUUUGUUCUUGGUAUAGAAUAUUUACAAAGGGAAAUGAACCAGCCGGCUAAUAAUCCAAAGUUCAACUUUCACCCAAGAUGCAAGAGAAUGAAAUUGUUCUCAAAUGCUUCUGGUGUACAAGAAAAGUUAGACAAGAUUUCUUUGUAUAUAACAGGAGUGUUCCCACAGGUGAAGGAGGAUAUUUUUCUAGCCCUUGGUUAUGUGGAAGGAUCUCUUCCUUUCAAAUAUCUAGGAGUACCAUUAUCACCCAAAAAGCUAUCUGUCAGCUACUUAUUAAGGCAGUUUCUGUUUGGCAUGCAAACGUAUUGGGCACAGAUUGUUUUGCUACCAAAGAAGGUCAUGAAGCUCAUUGAUGCUGUUUGUAGAUCCUUUCUAUGGACAGGGAUGGGGAAAAUAUCCAAGAAGGCUCUGGUUUCCUGGGAAAAAAUAUGCCAACCACAAGCAGCUGGUGGACUUAAUGUUAUACACAUGGGAUUGUGGAACAAGGCUGUAAUAUUGAAACAAUUAUGUGCCAUUUCACAGAACAAAACUCUCUAA